CAACAGCACCAUCAGCAGAAUCAGCCGUUAUAUUCCCCUGGUUCUACUUUUACUUAGGUGACCAAUCGGAGCAUCGCAUUUUGCGAUCCUGUCCGUUCCCGCUCCCGGGUCGUAAUCGUAUCACAAUGGCCGCCCCAAUGCGAAAGCCGGUGAUGCGCAUCCCGUAUACCGACCUUCUCGCUCCGCCAACCCUGACACCAGCCUCUGCAGAAUCACUGCCUGGUGCUGUUGCCGCUCUCCAGAAGUUCUUCACCACACCAGCCCCGCGGAAUCUUCCGCCGUCAACCGUUGUCCUGACCGGCGCAGGUCUCUCCGUUGCAUCUGGCCUCGCCGACUAUAGAGGCGCCAAGGGCACAUACCGCGUCAACAAGAGCUACCGCCCAAUUUAUUAUCAUGAGUUUAUCCACAAUCACGAGGCUCGCAAACGAUACUGGGCCCGAAGUUUCCUCGGCCUCUCGACGCUGGACAGAGCGGCCCCGAACCCGGGCCACUAUGCCAUUCGAGAUCUCGCUCGUCUUGGCCUGGUCCGAAGCGUGAUUACGCAAAAUGUCGACUCGUUUCACCAGCAAGCGCAUUCAGAUGUUCCCAUUAUCGAAUUGCACGGGUACCUACGGUCCACUGUGUGCGUGAGCUGCCAUUCUGAGUUCCCUCGCCAAGACUUCCAGAAAGAGCUGUCGAGGCUCAACCCGCGCUGGGACGAGCUGUUGCAAGAGGUCCUUGCCUCGGGCGCCUUAAAUACCGAAGAUCCUACGGCUCGCAACAAGCUAGGCAUGCGGAGCAAUCCUGAUGGCGAUGUCGAUCUACCAGACGCCCCAUACACCACGUUUAGGUAUCCGCCGUGCCCCAAGUGCUUGGAGAACCCUAAGAAACUAGAGGACAAGACGAGUGAGAUUGUCCAGACAGAUAGCGAAGGUGCCUGGGCGCUUCCUAGCAACGGCGGCAUUCUCAAGCCAGCAGUCGUCAUGUUUGGCGAGAGCAUACGGGAUUCUGUCAAACAUGCAGCAGAGGACGCCAUUGAUGCCGCCGGUAAGCUUCUGGUACUUGGAACGUCACUGGCCACUUACUCGGCCUGGCGACUAGCCAAGCGGGCCAAGGACAGAGGCAUGCCGAUUGCCAUUGUCAACAUUGGCGGUGUCCGAGGCGAAGAAUUACUGUUUAAAGAUCUCGAUCCCGAUCAGCUUGGCAACGAGGGCGUCCGGACCGAAGUCUCCAUUGACCCGCUCCUACCAACCCUCGUAACUGAGCUCGGCCACGACUUUGAGAAGCACCCUGAGCAUCGACCACAAAACAACAGCACGUUUAACCAUAUGAUGUCAUAA